UUAUCAUUUAUUAUUAAUACACGUUUAUUGAUUUGUUCAUUUGACUUUGGAACUACCAUCUUUGAGAAUGUUUGUUGAAGGAAUGUUAAAAACAAACGCAUGAAAGGCAUAACAACUUAGCUACACUCGUUGAGGAUGGCUGGUACAAGUUCGUUAUAUCCAAUGAUUGAGAGCCAACCUGACACUAAAGGCGACACAUGCGCAGUGAAUAUAGAACAAGAAAGGGAGAGAUUAAUGGAAGAUGAUGUUGUUAACGACGAACAUUUUACACGCGAGGAUUCUCAUAGAAACGCGGACCUCGAGGAGCAUUUGGAGCUGAUAUUUAGAAGAAAACUGCACUUUCCCUACGAAGACAAGGAAGUUGUUUUUGUACAAUCCACCGUGGAAGCCCUGGUUACGAAGAUUGUCGUGGAACUGAUAGCUAACAAAGAAAGAUUGUUCGACAAAUUCGGGGAAACAGAUUUACAUACAAGACUCGAACCUUGCCCGGACAGAAUUCUACAUGUUGGGAGUUUCUAUGAAAGAACACGGAACCGAUAUCCCAAUGAGUUUGACUUCGUGUACAUUCCGUAUCAAAUUGUUGUCGAUGAAAAUACGAGGAAUUCUUUUCUUAAGUUGAACGUUCCACAAUUGCAGCAAAUAAUAUCUGAUCUCACCAAAAAGGGUGAUUUACGUCACAGAGACGCGGAAAUGGGGGAAAUUACGUUUGAACGUUACGUCGCUCAGCAUGGGCCUGCGUCAAACGUACGAUUUCGGUAUAAUCGAAAUCCCCGCAAUCUGCGGAGUGGUCAGCAUAUUGACAAGGAAAUAGAUGUGGACCUUGUUCCGGGUAUCCGAGUUAUUGACAAAAACAUGCACGGACAUAUUAAAAACAUUUGCCCUAUACCGGGAUUUCAAAAGCAAAUUCUAGCAACGUCACCGAACAAAUAUCUUUGGGUUCCGUUUUCCUUCACUGCGUUAAACGAAACCGAAGUAUACUUCAUGCGCCACGUGCUCUCCAAGAAGCACGUGAAGGCGUACCGGCUACUCAAGUACGUCAUUAACGGUGACGGCGACGGCGACGACUUGGAGGCUGAAUGCACUGACAUGACCUUUCAUAUUAAGUGCUCAAUUCCUUCAUACGCAAUCAAAACCGCCAUGAUUUGGCACCAUUAUGAGUGCUGCGACGACAGCCAAGACUUGGGUGACUGCUUAGUUCGAAUUCUCGAGUGGUUUGAACGCAAAUUUCAAAAUCCAAUCAAGAAGAUAAAGGAUAACUUUGAGAACUAUCACGUAGACAUAGUUGCGCCAUCCAACAAAAUUAUAACGCUGGCGUACGGGACCCGGGACUUCAUCAGGGAUGGGGAGAGGAGCCUGAGGCAGGUAAUCGACUACUGUAGAGAAUACCGGAUGAAGCGGCACGGGCACGACAGCGACAUUGACUCGUUCUCCACCCGCAUGGUGCUGUGUGUGGCGCGGUACGAGGUGGUGCACGGGCCUUGGUACCGGCGCUACCGGCAGUCGCUCUGCCGCCCAUGUGGGGUUCCGGUCAGCGGCAAAUUGUGUUAUAACGUGAUCGUUACCGUCUGUGUAAUUACAAUAAUCAUAGUCCUGGUGGUCGCCUUUAAACCUGAAGAAGAUGAAAUUUGAGUUUUGUUAGACAUAUCUAAACUAAUAGUGUACAGUAUAUACUUUUAAUCAGAAUAAAUGUAGAUUUAUUCCCAUGUUCAUUUUAAAAUCAGGCUGCAGUCUACCAUAAAGUGACCUUACCAGAAGCGAUGUUUAGGUGACACGGUGAGUGAACUUUGCCGGUGGUGAUGUAUGAGUGACACGGUUAGUGAACUUUGCCGGUGGUGAUGUAUGAGUAUCACGGUUAGUGAACUUUGCCGGUGGCGAUGUAUGAGUAGCAUGGUUAGUGAACCUUACCAAUGGCUAUGUAUGAGUGACACGGUUAGUGAACUUUGCCGGUGGUGAUGUAUGAGUAGCAGGGUUAGUGAACCUUACCAGUGGCUAUGUAUGAGUGACAAGGCAGAACUUCGAUGCUACUGACCGGAAAAUCUAGACGGUAAUGGGCAGGCAACAGAACGGGCCUCGUUAUAUGGUCGAAAGACGGUCCUACGGGUGACACACGACUGUUGUGAGAAACGCGCAUCCGACGAGUGAGCCAGCGUAUCAGCAUGAAUCAGCCCCCGACAACUGUCGAUUGCCCCAAAGCUGUCGCACAACUCGACACACUCACAAAAAUUAUAUCCACGACAUAUCUUUUUUUCUGUCAUCGCCAAACUAUCUUCAGUGUGUCGUAGCGCUUGUGAACACUUGAAAUAGAUUUCGAGCAUGUUUCAAGAUCUUGCCACGACAAAUAUCACCGGGGAUGAGCAAAAAAAGUCACGUGACCACAAAUGCAAACGUCAGUAGUAUUUUGGCUCGAUUGAUCGUCAAUCAAGGAACCACACGUUUGAUACAAAGAGUCGGAGUACAGUACAGUACGGGACUGUUUUGAUAAACAGAAAUGCAUUACAGAAGGGUGUGUGCUGGGAGCGGUCCAGACGUUACGAUUCUAAGAUGCUUGUAACAGAUCGCAUGGGGAUAAACAUUUAAUUUGAACAUAAUUUAAACAUCUUUAAUGAACCUUUUAUUUAACCAUUCUUCAUGUUGUGAUGAUAAUACUGUCAUGAUAAUUGUUAAUGACAGAUAUUGUGAUAAUGAUAACCAUAAAAUGAAUUGCGAUGAUACAAUGACAAUGUAUGCUCU